AUGAUUAUUCCAGCCAGCAAGGCGACGAACACUUCACCAAUGGCUCAAACACAACAAGGUGUUUAUAUUGGUCGUCAAAUAACAAUAAAUGGUACGAAUGUGAAUUAUUGGUAUGGUAUACCUUAUGCUCAACAACCUAUUGGUAACCUUAGAUGGAAACCUCCUCAAGCUCUUGCCAUAUCCAAUGAUACCAAAGAAGCAUACAGUUCCAAUGCUUGUAUUCAGGACGUUGACUUUGGCUUUCCACGCACCGAAUCUUGUCUCAUCUUAAACGUAUACGCUCCGGAAAAUCCAAAUAAUUUGCCUGUAUAUGUUUGGAUUCAUGGAGGUGGUUUUAAUGCUGGUUCUUCUAUGCAGUAUAAUGCGAUUCCGUUCGUUGGCACAAGCAUUAUCAAUUCUGUUCCUAUAGUGAUCGUGACGAUCAACUAUCGACUUGGCCUGCUCGGCUUUCUAGCAGAUCAAGGAUUGUAUGACGAAAAAUCAGGUAUCAACAACAAAAGCACUACCGGUAACUAUGCCAUAUUAGAUCAAAUCAUGGCAUUAGACUGGAUAAAGAAGAAUAUUGCUGGUUUCGGUGGCAAUCCUGAUCAAAUUACUGUCGGCGGUGAGAGUGCUGGCGGUAUGACCAUCACCAUUUUACUCACAUCUUCACUGGUUGCUGAUGAGCAAUUACAAGUGAAAGACAUCUAA